AUGGAUUUACAAGAAGAAUUGGCUUAAAAAGAUCAAACAAUCAAAUAACUGGAGGAGGAGAGAAAUAUGUUGAUAUAAAAUGCCAAUGAAUUACAAACUAACCAGAUUGCAUUAGAAAAAGAAAUUGCCAGAUAAAAAAGCAAUAUUGCCAAUUAUGAAGCUGAACUUAUUGAGCUGCAUAAGGAGAGAAAAUCUUGUGAUGAAUAAAUUCAAAAGUCACAGAUUUAAAUAGAAUCUUAUGAGCAAUAGAUAACACUCCUUAAUGAAGAUUUAAAGAAAGUCACCAUUCAAUGUGAUGAGGCUUUUCAAAAGCUUUAAGAAAUUCAAAGUAGACAUGAAAUUGAAAUUAAAACACUUGCUGAUUAAUUGUUGAUUGAAAAGGAGAAAAUAAAUGAAAUCAAUGAUGAUUAUUAAUUGAUUGUUAAUGGUAAAUAAAGUGAAAUUGAUUUAUUGAAUGAAAAACUCAACGAUUUAGAAGAAAAAGUUAAUGCUAAUCUUAAAAAUUACAAAAUCGAGAUUGACUAACUUAAUAGUCAAAUUGAAUAGACAAAAUAAGAAAAAGACAAUGAAUGGGAAUUAAUUGUCAAAUAAUUGCAGAAUGAAAUUGAUGAUUUAAAUAAAGCAUUGUAUGAAAAAGGAUAAGCUAAUACAUUUGAAUUAAAAGUUGAAGAAUUAAACUAAUAUAUUUUAGAGUAGGAAUAAUAAUACAUGAAACAAUUUGAAACUCAAGAAGGAAAAAUGAAAAAAUUGCAAGAUGAUAUAAUAAACUUAAAUGCACAAAUUCUUGAAUUACAAAAAAAAAAUGAAAAUUAACUUUAAGAAUUAACUACGCUUUAGUAGGAGUUGUUCCAUAAAAAUGAGAGUUGCUAAACACUUACUCAAUAAUUAGAAGAUAUCAAAUAACAAUUGGAAUAACAAUAAUAAUAAUAAUUAUAAUUGCAAUAGCAAUAAUAAUAAUAAUAGCAAUAAUAACAAUAAUAAUAACAAUAAUAGUAACAACAAUAACAAUUACAAUAACAAUAAUAAUAACAAUAGCAAACUUAAUAGUAAAAAUAGACUCAAUAACCAAAUUAAAAUAAUAAUAAUUUAUAAGGGCAAAACAAUAAUGCAGCAGAAAAAAUGGUUACAAUUCCAAUGAAAGAACUUUUAAGUUGGGAUAAAAGGUCUAAGGAUCAAUAACACUAAAUCAAGGCAUUGUCAAAUGAAAUAUAAUUAUUAAAGAAUUAACAAGAAGAAUAAUAAAAACUACAAAACUCCAAAUAAAUGAAAUCUAAUCUUUCUUUGGAAGGGAUGGUUUAAAAAUGUGCAGCAUUAUAACAAAUUAUUGAUGAGACUAGUUAACAAAACUCAAAAAUUACAUCAGAGUUGAAUACUUACAAACUAUAAAAUCAAUAGCUUAAGGAUGACUUACAAAAUAUUUAGCAAGAAUUAAAAGAAUUAAGAGUGAUAGCGUAAGAUAAAUUUCGAUUAGAAGGAGAACUAGCCUCUGCUUAUAUCUAAAUUUCAGAAAACAAGGAUUUGAUGAAAGUAAUCAAUAAAUAUAUAAAAAAUAGAAAUUAAGUGAACUAUCGUCUAACUAUGAAAAUAAAGAGGAAUAACUAGAAACAACCAAAAAAACAUUGAGAUAGAGUGAAUAAUUAAGAAACAAUGUAUAUUUUUUCAUUUAUGAUAGUUAUAAAUUAAAUUUGAUGAAAUUACUACAUAAUAUUAGAAAGUUUCAUAAGAAUUAAUAAAUGUUAAACAAGAGCGGGAUUAAAAAAUGACAAAGUUAAAGGACUUAGAAAAAUUAUUGUAAUCUUAAUUCCAAGAAUAUUCGCUACUAGAAUAAAAAUACAAAGAUUCAUAAAUUAAUUACGAGGAUAUGUAAAGCUAGGUUAAAAUAUUGGAAAAAAAAUACUCUCAUGUAACAUACUUAUCAUAAUAUUAGGAAACAGAAUAAUUGAAGGAUGAUUGUCUUUAAAAAUAAAAAUAAAUAUCAGCACUAGAAGAAUCUAACAAAUGCUUAACUAAUGAUCUUCUGGCCAUAAGAGAAUUAUAAUUCAGAUAAAAAGCACCUGAAGCUCCUCUAACCAAAAAAGAAAGGAUUGUAGUUGAAUCUCUUUCAUUAAGAGUAUAAGAGCUUGAAUUGGAGAACAGAAAAACAAGAGACAGCCUAUGUGCUAAAAUAGUUUAAUUGUAGAAUGAAUUAGAACAGAAAACAAACUAUAUCAAUUAAAUUGCUCAUUAAAUAUCAAAAUAAAUUCCUUCUUUAUAAGAAUAGGAUCUAUUGGAUAAGGAGGACGUAAAAAUGAUACAACAAUUAAAAAAGAAAGUUAACAUUCAAGACAUAUUAGAAGUAUCAAAAAUUUUUAAAAAUAGAAAACCCUCAUUGAAAAUUUGUAGCUUAGAGACUAGAUAAAACUGUUAGGAACCGAAAUUAACAAAAGAAAAUGA